CAUAUUUAUUAAACUUACUUAUCAUUUUGAGAUAUAUCAAUAUUCUUGCUAAAUAUACUGAGCCAAAGUUAGCUUUAAAACUGUGAACAGCGUCGUUUAGGAUAAACGCUUUAUCUACAUUUCACUCAGCGAAGCACAAUCAACAGAGUGAAAGAAAUUGACACUCUCGUCCAAUCAGACAGAGUGUUGCAUAAAUCUUCCAUUUUGGUAAAUUAUCUAUAAUGCGUUAUCAAGUAGUUUGAUUUGCAAACUGAAAUCACGUGGCAUAGGUAACGAAAACGAAUUUAGACGGCGUCGCCGAAAAAAGCGAUAUGAUAACAAGAAGAUUAAUUUAAUGUAAUCGUGCUUGGUUGACAGUUGAAGCAGUCUAGCGCCUUUAUAAGUGUAUAUAUAUAUAUAUAGGUUCAAUCAAAGACAAUUUAGAAUUCACGAUGUAACGUGGCUGUUUUACACUUAAAGUACUCCAUAAAGUAUGUAUCUUAAUGCGAAGUAAUUUGAUUUACUGUGAGGGAUAUAGAUAUAGAAUAGCUAAUGGAUGAAAGAACUACUGUACUAUUACAAAGAAUAAUAAACUUGAUCAAAUUAAGACAUGUUGCUAAGAAUGACUUGUACACCAGCAGCAGGGCAACAGAGGACGCUGUUUGGACCUUCCAUCAAAAUCUUGCAGGGAGACUUCAUGAACUUGCUGACAAUUCUGUCGAUGACCUGAGAGAAACCUGUAACAACCAACGCCUUGUUAUCGAUAGCAUCGUUGAGAAGCUGACAGGAUACGUAGAAAUAUUAACAAGGGAAAAACAGAACGAUGACGAUAUUCAGCUUGCAACGCAGUAUGUUGAAGUAUUUGAACGAUCUGAUGCUCUUGGUUAUAACAGGGUGUCAUUCGAAGCAAACAGAAAUCUUGAAGAAUCCUUACAAUUGAUGUCCGGUAUCGGAAACUGUAACAUAGGAGCGGUUUCAGGGUUUGCUGAAGCAAACAGUGACUCCACGGAACAUUCUGAAAGUACACGACUCUCUGACGAUUUUAAAUACAUUCAUAAUGAACGCAACAAUCCUAUGGAAAACAGCUGGAACAGCCUAAGUUUUGGUUGCGACCCGGCUUCACUGAACUCACGCAACACACUUUCAGUUUCGGACAGAUCGAUAUGCUACGAUUCCUUGCCAAGGUUACAGUCAUAUAUGACAAUAAACGAGGUAAACUUUGAAAUCGCAUCAACCGCUGAAGAUAAAAUCAAAAAGGUGGAACAUUUAUUACCAGUAGAAAAUCUAGUAAAAAGAUAUGUAAACAAAUUCAAAACAUGCAAACACCGUACGCCAUGUACUAUUUCAGAUAUUUUACUGACAUCUAACAUGAUGAUUGUGGUCGCCGAUCAUUAUCACAAUGCUAUUCAACUAUUUGCCAAGGAUUUCACUCUCUUGGACGAGAAAUCAUUCCCUUAUCCAAUAGGCAUAUGUGAGUUAAGCUGUACAACAAUUGCUGUAUCCCUGCGCCGAAGCAGUCAACUUGUUAUCUUUAAUCUGGAGCAUAAUUCAUUACAAGAAAUGAUGGUCCUUAGAGUACACUGUGAAUAUUACCUCUGGCAAGUUGCAUUUAAGGCCAACAGGCUUUUUGUUGUCUGCGAUGAAAACGAUGUUCAUAUGAUGGGCUUAAGUGGGACUGAAAGCUGUGUGAUUCAUUCGGGUGUUCCUACGGAACGUGGGUAUUUGCGUUAUUUUGAUGUGGAUGAUACUGGAACGCAGAUUUAUCUUUGCGAAAGUCGAGGACUUCGUUGUAUAACUCCCACGGGCAAGUUACAAUGGCGUUUCACUAAUGCAAGCUUUCCUGAAGAUCAAAGAGAUAAACAUGGUCACGUGAUCGAGGAUGUUUGUUACAAAAAUGGUGUCAUACUCGGAACUCAUUGGAUACAAAGUAAAAUCUUCCAGAUUUCUACCGAUGGUCAUUUUCUAGGAGUUGUGGUUCUGGACCAGCUGGAGCACCCACGUGUGAUGUCAAUAAUGGGUCGUACACUGGUUGUCGCGCAGUUUCACCCUUUGAUGAAGCAAAGCAAAAGAAGAACAGUAAAAUGUUUUGAACUGGGUCGAGAUUUCGGAACAUUGUAAAGAAAUGUUGUCCUUUAAGAACAUGUGGACAUACACGGAAAGUCAUU